AUGGGAGUACCAGUGUGGAGUCGUUCUGGAAACUAUGGUGACAGAUGGCAUCAAGCAGAAGUUGCUGUGAACAAUCAAGCGGCGUCUUAUCAGGUGAGCAUGUACAGACAAGUGAGCACCAAAUAUAACUUAGUUAAAAGCUAUAGGCGGGUAUAAAAUACGAAAUACCUACACCUGCUUGUUUAAGAGCAAAAUAUUUCUAUUCUUGAUUCACCAAUUAAUGCAAUGCGUCGCACUUUUCUACUUUUCUUGCAGUAUGUAAUUGAAGGUGUGCGUGGUGUAAGACCGUUAAGGGGAGGCAUUGCAAUUGAUGAUAUCUCUCUUAGAGAUUCAUGUACUGCAACAGGUAAAUCACUUAUAUAACAAUAAUUGUAUUGUCCGAAUUAAGAAAUAGAAAGAUUUAACCUUUGACCAAACUAAGUGGAAAAUUAUUUUUAUAUGGCCCUUCUAUCUCAUCCUUUAGGGCCUGUUUACAUGGAGGUAGGGUGACCCUAUCAAGAGGGUUACUCUAGCAAGCUGGUCAGAAUAUAGCGAGCGUUUACAUGCAUGAAGUAGGGUGACCCUACUGCUAGGGCUAUAUUGGCCGAUAGGGUAAACCUAACUAUGCGUGGUCGCUAAGCCAUCUGCAUUAGAUAAAUGGCGCCGAAGCAAAUUUUUUUCCGUAGACAGCCGGACUCCUCAUUGAUAGUCGGACGCAUCAUUGACCCGCGCUCUUAAACAAAAUAUUCAGCGGAUACUCUUCUUAUUAGAUGCGCCUUUCCUGUGUGUCAUGCGCACGCAAUUGGUGAUUUCAAAAUGAUCAUUGCUUGCUUGAAAUGUCAAAAUCGGGGAGGACACAUUGUGGCUUCACAUCUUGUGUGGUGAAGACAUCUGACAUAUUUUAUUAAUUUAUAUUCGACAUUCCCAAUUUCCCACUUGCUUUUCUUUGCUUUUGUAACUGUUUUUUGUAACUCUUUUCGGAGCGAUUGCAGAAUACCCGUCCAGUUUUUAAGCUAUGCCUUGCAAACAUCAUGGAUACGAUGUAUUAAUACAUCUAUCUUUAUUAUCAAUAGAUUAAUUAAUAACUAGAUUGAUAGAUGAAAAUCCCAUGGUGGUAAAGGUAGCUAAGAGGCAUACGGUGACUUAGCAUUAAUAGCUUAAAUUGUCAUUAUAGUGUUAAAUGUAAUUCUAUAUUCUAGUGGAUACGCGGAUACGCAGUCAAAUUUGAGAACGAGGAAUGCAGUUAAAUUAGCAUUAGAUCAAAUUUUCAUGCUACAGCUAGGUAGCUCUAUAUUUUAGUGGAUACGCGGAUACGCAGUCAAGUAGUUAUUUUGAGAUUAAGGCAACAGUUAUUUAGCUUUAAUAGAUUAAAUUCUCAUGCUACUCUUACCCCUAGGGUAACCCUAGCGCGCAUGUAAACGCUUCCUAUAAAACAUAUUGAAGUAGGACAACCCGCUUGCUAAGGUAACCCUUCUGCUAGCUUCAUCCUACCUCCAUGAAAACAGGCCCUUAAUCGCAUGUAUAGGUAAUAAAAUAUUUUUACAAUUUUAGAAAAACAACCUAGUAAACCGACUACCGUAGAUAACAAUGGAAAUACGAAGGUGACAACAACAUUUACAGUCUCCACUACGCCGGCAAUUUUAUCAUCACCAACCACCUGUUGCCCGGAAGGCAAGUGA